AUGAAAGACAAUUAUGAUCAUAUCACAACUUCUUAAGCUAUUUUUGAUGUAGUUAAAAGAGGUAAUUAUGUUGAAGAAACACGUAUACAAUAUGAAAUCAAAUGUAUUGGAACUGAAAUAGAAACAGCUCAAAUGUAAAAAUUUAAUAUUCAAUUUAAAAGGGGAAAAGACACAGUUAAAUAUAAGUUUACAAUAACUAAAAUUGAUUUGUUAACAGAUACAAAAAAGUCUCAUGAAUUUGUCAGAAGGUAUUAAAAUAAUAUUACAAUAUAGAUAUACACAUUUCUUAUGGUUAUAAAAUGAAUUACAAAAUAAGUAAAUAGGUAGAGUGAUUCCUAGUCUACCUGAGAAAUAAACUGUUUAUGAUAAAGAUAAAAGGUAUCAUUAUCUAAGAUAAUAUAAUAGAAAAUUAGAAUUUGUCUACUUUAUGUAAAAAAUAUUAAGUCAUAAAAAACUAUAAUAAAUUGAUUGUCUAGAACGUUUUUUUAGUGAAGAAUUAAGAGUAAUGAUUGAAUAUACAUUAGGAUUAUGAUGCAUUUCAACACUAUAUUGAAAAUAUGAAAGAGUCUUAAUCAAUGUUUAAUAUGGUUAUAAAUACUGGGAUAUCAGUUAUGAAUAUGUUCUCAAAAUUUUAUAAUUAUAAUGCUGUUUAAAUUAUAAAUAGAAUUCCUGAUGAAAAUGAUAAAUAAUUUGAAGAAUGUAAAAUAAUAAUAAUAAUUUAUAUAAAGUUAAGAAAGAAUUAGAAUAAAACAAAUCUAAUACUGAAAUAAUAACAUCUGAUAUCUAAAAAAUUGUUUAGAAAUUGUAGAUACAAGCUAGAUCAUUAUCAAAUAGUUUUGAUAUAUUCAGUAUAUUAUAUAAAUUGAAUUAGUGAAUGAAUGUUAAGGUGUUGAAGAAUUUACUACAUUAAAAACAAUUAUAAAAAUAUAUGAAAGUUAUGAAAUUAAAUUAAGAUAAAAAUAUGUUUAUAGAAUGGAAGCAAGUAUUAAAGAUUAUGAUUAAGCAAUUAAAUUAAUAAAUCUUUAUAAAGAAUUAAAAGAGUAGAUCAAUAAAGAUACUUAAUUAAUCAAUAAUCCAAAUUAUAGAUCAUAGAUAGAUGAAUUGAAAAUGUAAAUCAACAAUAACAAAUAAAAAGUAGAAUAAUUGCAUAUUAACUUUCUUGAUGAUAUUGAUCUCUUUAAAUAACAAUAAAGUUGGUGUUUGAAUGAUGUAUAGAAAAAGUUUUAUAUCGAUUUGUAAGAGUGUUACGACUCAAUAAAAUAAUAGAAAACUGCUUAGCAUUUGUGA